GACGAUGCCAUCAAACCUUAUCACCCAAAAGGCCUUCCCCCAUCCAUUUCUUGCGUCACCAUCCGGAUCAUUGAUAUACGACCUGCGCUAUUCUCCCACCUCUCUCCGUUUUCCAUUAUCGUCUCCAUUUGCGGGCUGCGGGUACGAAUGCCUCCGUGUCCCACUUACGCCAGAGAGGCCCAAGCAAAUACGACUAAUCAGCCCAUACUUUCCUUGGGCGUUUGACGUCGGCCCAAAUGCCAGAGGAGAGGUUGUGACGUGUCUCGAUGUUCUCUCUACUCUGCAUGUUGCAUUGCAACGCCCACUCACAGACACCGAGUGGGGCGCUGCUGAAGACGAUAAGCAUGCGAGUCUUAUCAGAGCACGCAACCGUCGUCUAUGGACAGAACUCGCGUUGCACGGGAGCCCGAAUUCUGCGGCACGCACUAGACCUACAUCGAGCUUUGAAAGGCCUGUGCGGCGGGAGCCGCUUCUACUCCGUGUUGACUGGCUUGGAUCCAGCGUUGCAUUCAUGGGGCUUGUCAAGGAUGAGGCUUUUGUGAGGACGAGACUCGUUCCGGGUGGUGUGGAGCACCCUGAGACGUGGGUGGUGUUGUUUCAACGAUUAUGAUUUCGAAGGUCCAGAGAAAAUAUACAAACUUAUCAUUUUUUUUUUUCGAGAUUUUAU